GCAGUUCCCCAGGCAGCCGGCAGAGGGAGCGCCGUGCCGGGCCUCGCCCCUGCGGCGCGCGCUUCCUGUGAGGUCAGGUGGGAGGAAGCGGCCGCCCGUGGACGUGGAGGCCCGGGAACCGUGCGCGCAGGCACACACAGCCCGGCAGGAACUCACAGCUCCCAGGAGGAUGGUGAGGAUCUUGGCCAAUGGGGAGAUAGUUCAAGAUGAUGACCCCCGAGUGAGGACCACCACCCAGCAGAGAAGCAGUGGUCCUCGGCAGGGCUUUCUCAACAGAGGUCAUGGUGGACCUCCAGGGGGCCCUGGACCCCGCCAGCAGCAGGCAGGUGCCAGGCUAGGUGCCGCCCAGUCUCCCUUCAAUGACCUGAACCGGCAGCUGGUGAACAUGGGCUUCCCCCAGUGGCAUCUUGGGAACCAUGUGGUGGAGCCCGUGACCUCCAUUCUCCUGCUUUUCUUGCUCAUGAUGCUUGGGGUUCGUGGCCUCCUGCUAGUGGGCCUUGUCUACUUGGUGUCCCACCUGAGCCAGCGGUGACCUCUGGGGGACGCAUGAGCGUGGGAGUGUUCAUUACUAGACAGGCUGGGCUUUGGUGUGAGAGCAGGGACAGGGGGAGGGAGCUUGGGAGUGCUUGGAGGGUGUGAUCAGGGAUGGGACCACGAGUGGAUUCCCCCACUGUGUUAACCAGGAGGCAGAGGGACUGGGGACCAACAUCACUGAAAUCUGCAGAGUGCUCUGGUUGCCUUGGAAGGCUUUUAGGGGCACAGGGCCUCCACUAAGAAGUAUAAGCCCAGGGUGAGAAAGGCUUAGUAUGUUGUAUUUUCCCAGAACACAAGUUCCCCCACCAGGAGCAGAACUGGAACUCGGAGCAGCUAGGCAUCGUCCAGACUUUGACAGCAUUCCUUUGUUCUAAUGGUGUCUUUUUCUUAGCUGCUCUUCUUCUGUAUGAAGAAGGGUACUGACAUUUCUUUAGUGUGACAUUUCUCUUUCUUUUUUGGGGGGGUGGUGGUGGUGGUUUUGAGACAGGGUCUUAUUAUGUAGCCUUGGCUGGCCUGGAAUCACUAUGUAGACCAGGUUGGCCUUGAACUCACAAAGAUCCACCUGCCUCUGUCUCCCGAGUGCUGGGACCAUAGGUGUGCGGUACCGUGUCCAGCUAUUGUGAUAUUUUCAAUAAAUGAAUUUGAGUCUC